AUGACCCAUUGGUGGCGACGGGACGAACUCUUUGCGCUAUUACAAGCGUGGGAACAAACACUUGAUGCACCUCGUGACCGUGAUGAACUACGUGGUCAUGAUUUGGAGCGGUUAUACACGCGAUUCAAUGCUUUACGACCACGCGACGGAGCCCCCAUCGCCCUUGUCGAAGUGGAAGCGCAGCGUCAACGUUUGGUCCGAACUUUUCUAUUUUUACGUGCAUUUAAUACAGAGAGUUUACGUUCGGGACGACCAACGUGGUUUCAAUUACCGGUACAACAGCAGGAUGAUCUGCGCUGUAUGAACGGGCGAUUGGGGGACCUCGCAGUUGUAGCACAGGACGAAUUCGACUUUCUCCUUCGAAUCUGUGAGGAAUCUCCAAAUAUUCCGCUUCAAACGUUUCAAGCGUCGGAACGUCCGAUGGCCGAUGAGAUGAAGGCGGCGGCAGAAGCGUUAGCGGGAUUACCGAUGUUUUGCCCCACGAAUCAAGUGCGGCCAACGCUGUCACCGUCCUUGUCGCCUCUAUCAUCCCCUGCCACAAAGCCAUCGCAUUCCGAGAAUAGAAACUUAUUGGAGCAUGUUGUUUUGACCAAAAAGAGCUACAAAGAGAGCGAUUCCGAUACGGAAGACACACCUCCAAAAGCUAAAAGCAAAUCCAAGAGCAAAAUGGCCUCCAAGUGGUCGAAACGAGACGAGGAACAACUCAUCUCGGCGUGGCAUGAGGUCGUCACGUCGCUUGCAGACAAUGGAUACGCCGGAUCGUACGCCUCUCGCAACGAAGGGCUUCGACUUAAUUCUCUCAUUCACCAGCGAUAUGUCGAACUAUGCGGUGACAGAAGCAUUGCCCGAACAAACCAGUCAACUGGGGCGAAGAAACAUGCCAUAAUGAUGGCUUUCCGGUCGUUGCGCAAUGUACUACGCACAUUGGCUUCAUUAAGCGAACGUCCGAACUGGUUUAGUAUGACGCCGGAUGAACGGAUGAAGCUGCAGAAGAUGCACGGGCAUCACCAAGAACACGCGUGUUUAAUUGAAAAAGAAACGUAUCAGCAACUUGGUGAGAUUGAUCGGGCACAACGAACAGUACUAACUCCAAUUGCUAAUGCGCUUCGUGCCCCGGUAACUUUGGAUGAACUGCUACGUCGUUCGCAUAAAAAGACGGACAAGGAAUCUGCUAAGGAUAAGUAUAAAAGUGGUCCGCCUAGAGGUUACGUGGUUGCAGAACAGUCUUCCAGCGAUGAAGACUCGUCGGGUACUGACGCAUCUGUUCAAAGUGGCAAAAGCGAACGUUCGAGUCAGGCAUUGGCACAUAGAGCAGCAAGGCGUCCUAAUCCUGUUGUUUUUCGAAGAUUAAGUCGCAACGUGGACCCCAUUGUAACGACCUCUCCUCCUAAACGCCGUCGCACGGGGCCGAGUGAUGCUAAGUGGGUGACGCGGUUGUUGGAUGCUCAGACGCAGCGGUUUGAGUCACUUCUUGCGGAAUUCCAAGAGGAACGGCGACAAGAGCGUCAGCACAACUUGGAGAUCAUCCUCGAAGCACUCAAGCUGCGCAAUGCUUCAGCUCAAAAAGCGGGUCAGCCAUCACAAUUUGCGGAGGCAUUGGUGGAGAAACAACGCCAGCACAUGUUGGGGCUGUUUAACCAGCUACAGGAAGAGCGUUCUCAAGAACGCGAUCAGGCUCGGAUGUUGCUGCGAGAACUGGGAACUUCUCGUCUUGUGAGCCAAGAUCAGGAGCACAAGGAGUGA